UUCAAUAUGGCAGCCUCCAUGAAAAGGAUUCCUGAAAAGACUAAGUCAUCUAGAUUUUCAAUUUAUCGACUACAAAAAUUUAUUUUUGAUCCCAAUUAUGCGAUACCAGUUAUGUUGUUACUUCUGUUUGCAGAGCUAGUUGUAAAUUUAAUUGUUAUACAUAAAAUUAAAUAUACUGAGAUAGAUUGGAAAGCUUACAUGCAGGAAGUAGAAGGAGUUGUCAAUGGAACAUAUGAUUAUUUAAAGUUAAAAGGAGAUACUGGACCUUUAGUAUAUCCAGCUGGUUUUGUUUAUAUCUACACAGCCUUAUACUAUAUUACAGACCAUGGUACUAAUAUAAGACUAGCACAAUAUAUAUUUGCUUGUCUAUAUAUAUUAACACUUCUUAUAGUGUUUGAUAUUUAUAGAUAUGCUAGAAGAGUUCCACCAUAUGUUUUCUUCUUCAUGUGCUGUGCAUCAUAUAGAAUUCAUUCUAUCUUUAUUUUACGAUUAUUUAAUGAUCCAGUUGCCAUGAUAUUUAUGUAUUUAGCAAUAGAUCUGUUUCUAAGACAACACUGGACAAUAGGAUGUUUUAUGUACAGUUUGGGUGUAUCUAUCAAGAUGAAUCUGUUAUUGUUUUCACCAGCUGUAUUUAUCUUAUUAAUGGUAUCCCAGGGUACCCUAGGAACUAUUAAACACCUGAUAGUUUGUGCUUUACCCCAGGUUGCUUUAGCUAUACCAUUCUUGAAAGCUAACCCAAUAGGCUAUCUUCUUCGCUCAUUUGAUUUUGGUCGUCAAUUUUUCUAUAUAUGGACAGUUAACUGGCGUUUGGUACCAGAAGAAAUAUUUUUAAAUAGAAAUUUCCAGCUAGCUCUACUUGCUGGUCAUGUGUUGGUUCUAUUAAUAUUCAUCUUCUUUAGAUUUAGAAGGUUAUAUCCGGAUGUUUGUAAAGGUUUAUGGAUGAAGGCAAGUUGUAAAAGAUUGAAUGCUAACCAAAUCGUAUUGCCACUUUUUACGUCAAAUUUUAUUGGCAUGUGUUUUAGUCGCUCCCUUCAUUAUCAGUUUUAUAUCUGGUACUUUCAUGGUUUACAUUAUCUAUUAUGGACAACACCCAUACCCACCGUGUUAAAAGUUUUAAUUUUAGGAGUGAUUGAAUUAUCAUGGAAUACAUAUCCUUCCACCAUAAUGAGUAGUUCCUUAUUACAUGGUUGUCACGCUAUUUUAUUACUAGGCCUUUGGUUCAGUUCAUCAUUUGACGAGAAGGCAAAGGAAGAACCAAAGAAAGCAAAAUAGUUAACUUAUCAUUUUGCAAAACUUUUAUUGUUAUGAAAUAAAUGAGCUGUAAAUGUAGACCAUAUAGUUUGUAACUGUGUUACAGGUGUUACAUGUUUGUUGUCUUUGAAGUACUAGUCAUGUUUUCUUAUUGUCUGCUUCCUAUUGAAAUGGGAUUGUCCGUCUGUCAGACAUUUUGUAACACAAUCACUCUGCUUCUAAUUGAGGUAGACUUCUCAAACUUGGUUUAGGUGUUCAUUAGGUGAAUGUCUUAGUGAGUUUGAUGAUGAGCAUUUUCUGCUUAGGCUAAUCAAUUUGAUUUUAAUUGAAUAGCUUGACUAAGGUCGAUAAUGAUUUUUUUUAGCUUAGAUUAAGAAGUGUGAUAAGCAGUUUGAUGAUUGGUUAUUCCUUUAUAAAUAGAUAAAUGUGCAAGUGAUUAAUGAGUGUCGUCUAUAAACUAAUAUUUUCUGUUUAAGGCAGGACACUUUCUGUUGGUUUGUAGACUCUUUAUUAUUUUUUUUUCUUUAGUGACUUCGAAAAUUUGUGCAUUUGUUGUUUAUAAAUUAGUUUUUAGUGCUUUAAUUCUGUAAAACUUUAUGUGUGCCAUAAUAAUUGGAUUUUGAACAUACUAUUAUUUACAUUUGUUUUUAAGAGUGUAAUAUAAGACGUUUGUUUUUAAAUAUUUACUAUGAGAAGUAUAUUGGUAUUGAAAGUAAGGAGAAUGAUGAAUUUCAUGAUGCAUAUUAUAGUCUUCCAGAUAUUAAACCUUUCAAAACAUUUAAAUCUUGAUUUUAAUUGGAAAUUAAAUGAGAAAAGUUUCCUGUCACAUGAAGACAAAAUUUGACAUUUAGUAUUAACUGUAGGACUUGGCAAGUGACCCUCUAUUCACCCAAUCAUUUGUGACUACAUUAAGACUUUAACCAACAAAUUGCGAAUAACUUAAAGGGAAAUUUUGGAGGUAAAAAUAUGUCCGUUAACAUCAAAAUUGAAGAGAAUAUUUCAGUACAGAUUUCAUGUUAAGUCGAGUUUAACCCAAUGUUAAAAGAACUCCUAGAUCAAGAAUUUAUUUAAAUGUCAUAUAUUUCUCAACAAAUUUUCCAAUGAAAUCUAAUCAAAACUCAGCAUGGUCAGAAUUGCCUUAUUUAUGCCAUAGAAACAACUUUUAUAAUGCUCUGUCUUUUUCUUUAUCUAACUUUUACACAGAUUGAUAUAAGAUUUUGUUAUGAGAGUUAAAAUAGGCCAAAACAACACUAUUUUGAUCGAUUAAAAAAAUUCCAGAAUGAUUGGGGGCUGGUCAUUUACCCAACGUCCCCUGGACAAAAUAAAUUGCACGAAGUAAUAACAAAAUACUAGAUUCAAUAGCAAAAAAUUGUUUAUUGGACAUACUGUUUGUAUAUCAUAUAAUAUAUGUAUAUAGCACAGAAAUAAUUACAUAUAAAACAUCAACAUUAUCAGCCAAUUAAAAAAACAAAAAUAACAACAAAAUACAUCAAUAACAUAUACUGUCAUUACCAUUAAACAUGUUGACAGUUAAAAUAUAAUAAUAAACAUCAGUUACUUUGAUGUUGCUAAAUAAUAAACAGAUUGUCUUCUCAUUUCUUAUAUAGAUAUAUUCCUCUGUAAAUAAGUAUAAAAAAUCCCCUUAGAUUUUAUAAAACAAAAUCUCACUAUAAGCUUGAUUUUCACUGGUAUUAUAUCAUAAACUGAAAGAUGGUGAAAUAUUGGUCCUUUUUUAGUUUAAACAUUCUCUUUUCAAAAUAGUUAUGGAUAUUGGUAGAAACAAAAAUAAUAGGAAAUGAAGGAAAAUUAAAAUCUGUCAUAAGGUUUUUGUUUUCAAUCUACAAGUUCUUAAAGACAUAAUUCAAAAAUUAUACAAGACAUAAACAAUUAGUGCUUACAUUAUGACUACUAGUAGGAUAUAAGUACAGGAAAUAAAGACAUAGAAGGCAACAUAGAGAA